AUGACGACCGCUCAUCGACCAACAUUCCACCCUGCCCGAGGAGGCACGGGUAGGACGGAAGGAGAUUUAUCGAAACUAUCACAACAAUACUCUUCAAAAGACAUGCCAUCACAUACCAAAUUGAAGUACAGGCAAACAGGUCAAGGCACAGAAGAGGAACUGAGAAGACGGGAUUUACGACGGGAACUGGAGGACAAGGAGAAGAUUGCGUCUCGGGAAAGGCGUAACCGUGAAGCAGCCGCAUCGAGUUCAAGCAGUAAAAGAGCAAGGAUCGAAGAGUCUUCCCACGCAGCGCUGGAUGCGGAUGAGCCGCUCGAUGAACAUGACUCGUCGGAUGAUGACUCGGAUGAGGACGACACUGCAGCACUUAUGGCAGAACUGGAGCGAAUCAAGAAGGAACGUGCGGAAGAGAAAGCUGCAAGAGAAGAAGAGGAAAAGAGGCGAGAGGAGAAAAUUCGCAUGGACAAUAUUCUGGCGGGUAACCCUCUCCUAAAUCCUGGUAACUCUGCUGCAUCGGCUAAUGGCGGAGAGUUCAAGGUCAAGCGAAGGUGGGAUGACGAUGUAGUCUUCAAAAACUGUGCCAAAGGUAUUGAUGAACGCAAAAAGGAGGCCUCAUUCAUCAACGACGCUAUUCGUUCAGAGUUUCACAGAAAGUUCAUGGAUAAAUACAUUAAAUAG